AUGACCCUGCGUCUUACAUCCGCUCCGGUAUCUGGCGUCAAGAAACGAAAGCCCUCUGCUCCCAGACCCCGCGCCUCACCAUUUACCGGACAUGCACGCCGAAAACCUACAUGUAGCGCCCGCAACUUGAAGCCGACCGAAGACUUCCAUGAUCCGCUUCCAGAUAAUGUGCGCCAAGCCAUUCAAUAUAUCCGCGAUGGCAUGUUCGAAGAACUUCCCGCGCGAGUCGGAAUGAACAGUACCCGAAUCGCCGAACUCCUCAACUUCCGCCGAUCGUUACCUCCACUAGCUUCGGUGGCCCAUGUUCACACUCUGUUGGAGGCACCAACGCAGGUGGAAAGGGAGAUUGCCGAAAUGGUGCAGAGUGGUCAUAUUCGACGGCUCAUCAUUCCGGGUCGAGGUAAUGAUGCGGCGGGGCUCGGCGAUUGUUUGGUUCUAGCAGAGGACUGGGAGAAACUAGUGCAGGCAAGCACUGCAUUGGAAACACCAGUGAAAGAGAAAUUUCUCGAUAUCCUCAAGCGCAUGGGGACCUCCUCGGCGAUAUCGCAGGGGGUCUUUACUACAGAUGAGUACAGAGCUCUGCUCCGUGCUGGCUUUAUCGUCUCUUCGUCAUCUUUCACGCAAGGCUCACUAAGUAUCGCAUCGCUUCCCAAUUUACCUACAAUGGCAGCGACGUCGGCUAGUCGAAUCGAAUCAGCUCACUCUGUAUCUCCAUCCGAGCGCCCUGUGCAAUCAGAUGCUCAAGCUCGUGCUGCCACCCUUUUUCUGUCUCUUCCUAACACGGGAUCAUAUCUCCGCUUACUAGGGUCGGGUCGCGCGCAUCUGCUUGCUCUGCUGCGGCGGUCUGCAUCUGGCGAAGCUCCACUGGGUUUGUUGAAAGACCGAUGGGAUGGAGCCGUUGAAACCGAGAAGAGUUUCCAUUUGGCCAAGCGAGCCCGGGGAGAGUUUGCAGGGGUACUUCCCGGCAAAACCAAAAAGUGGAAAGAGCUAAAUGGUAUGCAUUUCCGAUGGGUGUUGGAAGAAGCCCUUGGCGCAGGACUCGUGGAGAUGUUUGAGACUGGCAGCGUGGGACCUGGGAUCCGCUGUCUAUAG